CUCUGAGGGCCUCUGUGCUGCCAGCGCGGCUGCUCGGAGCCUGCAGCGCCUCAGCGCACUGGGCUGGACACAGCACAGACUGGGGGCUGCUUUAGCACCCGAAUUGUCCAAAGUGGCAAAAAUACGACAAGCAGAGAGCCCGCCUGGAUCCCAGAGCUGUUUUCUUGCUCACACCGCCCUCCCUCCCCGGGGACAGCGGCUUCGGGCGGUUUCCGCGGGGCAGGCCCGGCCUCGCCAUGGUGACCGCGCACCGCCCGUGCCCGCGGGGCCGCGCACAGCGGCGGGGACAGCGCCGGGCCCGGGCUCCGCUCCCCGGGCUCGCACACCCACCCCGGGACCGCAGCGCCCCGGGGCCCGGCCCCCCCCCCGCGCCUGGAGACUCCCGGCCUGGCCGGACAGCGGGGGAGAAGCAACACGCCGGCCCGGGAGCGCCAAGCGGGGUGAAACCAAUGGAGGAGGAAAAGGAAGAAGCUGGCAGUGAGGAAAAAGAUCACAUCCCCCCGGAAGAUGAGAGCAGCAGUACAGAGGACUGUCUCCCAGAGGACGAGGAAAAAGAGAAAGAAAGCAAGCAUGUCAUCAAAAAUAUCCCGUGGACUACAGCUAAGAACUUCACAGUGGAGAUAGGACAGCAGCAAAUUGAAGAACUAAUUUCUACAUGGGACAUUCAUGAAAGCUGGCUGCACCACUCAGAAUUUCUUGAGGAAGAAGAACUGAAGGACAGCAAGAGGUACCAUUACAGAGCUUGCUGGGGCCUCCCAACACGCAGAAAACCCAUCCCACGAGCAACAGCGAGUGUCUACUUCGUUAUAGUGAUCUCCAAGCUCAAACCUGACACUGCACCUGUGGAGGUGUUCUACCGACUGGAGUCCAGCAGGCUGAUUCGGAGGCCAGAACAGUGUGAGUUUAGAGAAAAGUGGCUUCAGGACAUAAUUGAAAAUAAAGUACUGUGUGCAGAAAGACUUGCUUCCCGAUGAGCAGCUCCAAUUCACCAUUACCAGUCCUCUGUUGUGGAGAACCAAAUAAACAUGAUGGGAGAAAAAGCUCUUCCUUAGCAGCAUUUCUAUUUUGUGGAUAGAUAAGAAGCAUUGAAC